UAUGGGGAGGAGGAGGUGUGUUCGGACCGCUUGGACACCGACUUCUCGGACAUCGACCUAUCCCAGCUGGACACCAGCGACUUCGACAGCGUCAACUGCUUCAGCGAGCUCCAGUGGUGCGCCGAUCAUCCCGCGGACGCCUCGCCGGCCUCCAACCACUACAACACAACAGACGAGCUCUUCGAGAUAGAAAAGGAGAAUGCGACGCUGCUGGCCGUGCUGACAGACAGUUUGGACGGCAUCGUGGACGCCGAGGUGGGCAAACUCUCCGUGUUCCCCACCCUGGGGGAGGAGCCCAGUCAAGAAGAGGAAGACGAGGAGAGUCUCCCCCUAAAGGCUGAAGACUUCAGUCAGUCCCUGGGGGCUGAAACAGAGGACCUUUCUUUAAGCGACCUCCCUCAGAAGCGGAAGCCCCGAGCGGUGCGCCCCGCAGGGCGUCUGUGCACCGAGCUGCACCGCCACCUCACCACCGCGCAGGACGCGGAUGCCAACCCCGGUCCCGAGGCAGGCGAGGACGAAGAGGAAGACGAGGACGAGGACAAAAAGCUGGCCUGUCUCUGUCUGCCUCUCAACCCAAAGUCCACAGGAGAGUCGCAGUACAGCAGCGGGCCUUACGAGCAGACGCUCAGCAUGGAUCUGUGUGGAACAGCAGGUCUGACUCCUCCCACUACUCCGCCUCACAAACCUGUGGAUGACGAGCUCUUCAAGCCGACGGAGGGAGGAAAGGUUGGCAGCGAGGGUGGAGGCGGCGGUGAGUCGAAUGCCAACAGUAACGUCGCCACGAAGGCAUCGGCCUGCCUAAGCCGCGCCCACCACCAGCGGAAGCUGCCCGAGCAGACGGAGCUCUAYGCUCAGCUACGGCGGAUGGGCCAGGCGGGCCACGCCCAGCGCAGCUUCGGYGACCACGACUACUGCGUGCUGAGCCUCGGGGAGAGUCUCGAGCAGAACGCCGCCACCGUCCUCGGGACCUUGCUGCGGCUGCAGGAAGGAAGCGAGGACGACGUCGGCCAUGCGGCCACGGCGGCUGGCGGUCCGGCGCCGGGGGAGAGGCUGGUGAUGACGGAGGCUGUGGAGACGCAGGAGCAGCAGAUGGUGGUCUCAGCGUCGCCUCCUUCAGACUGCCUGUCAGACGCUGCCACGCCUAUCGCCUCUGAGGAGGAGGCGGAGUGCUCCUCGGCGUCCCGCUCGCCUUCGCCCGUCCUCCACAUGUGUCCCGACUCCCCCUCCAGCAAGACAGACUCCAGAUGAGGCGGGCCCCGGCCCUGUCAAGAGUAAGUACGAUGCGCUGGACUUUGACACUCUGCUGAAGGAGGCGCAGAAUUCCCUGCACCGUUAACAGGACGGCCCUGCUGUCCGGCCAGCCUUAGAAAAAAAACUGCAGCAGAGCCCUUCCAACAACGCGGCUCUGCGCUCAAUAUCUCCAUGCAAGGCAACCUCACAAAAUGUUUACAUUUUUACUAUUGGAGUAAAGUAACAAGGACCGUGUUGUUGUUUUUUUAUGUUAAUUUCACCGGAGGAUACUGCUUAAAACAAGGAAGUCACUGCAAAGUCUGGAAAGAUUUAAAGUCAAGAGUGGGGAAAAAAAUAAAAAAACUUUGAACAAACAACGAUCCAGUCCUCUGAGCAACAGAACAAAGCUGCUUCCUGUCUGUAACGGUGACAUCAUCGCCCUGCCUUUGAAGAGUGGGCGAUGAGACCUGUAGCAAAUCCUUGCUAUCCCUGCGUUGCGUUGGUCGUUGUGGUGUGUGCUCUUGCGUGUGCGUACUCCCCGUUCUGUUUGUUUUGUACACACAAUUUAAAAAAAMAGAAGACGACGCCCCCUUCCUCUAUUCGAUCUCAAGUGGUGAACCUGCGAGCCGUGUCUGCUUGUCCGGUCGUGUAAACAGGACUUWAAAAAAAUCUGCUUUGUUUUAGCAAAACUUGUGGAUGUUAUCGAUUUCAAAGCCUACUGUGUGUGUGUUAUGGACAAAGAAUAUAAGAAAAAAAGCAUUAAUGUAAUCAAUGGAUGACUGCUAAAUGUUUACAARUGUAAAAUGAAGAUAAAAAAAAUCACGUUUUCUUUUUGUAA